CGGCUCCUCCAGCUCCCUUGCCAGCCCAGGUCCGCCCAGCUUUACCCAGCCGGUGUGGAGCUCGUGUUUCCCCACCUCGUCGCGGAGAGUCGCUGCCGAGUGGGCGCUCGGUGUCCGGGUCGUCAUGGCUGGUUACGAAUACGUGAGCCCGGAGCAGCUGGCUGGCUUUGAUAAGUACAAGUACAGUGCUCUGGAUACCAAUCCACUCUCUCUGUAUAUCAUGCAUCCAUUUUGGAACACUGUAGUAAAGGUAUUUCCUACUUGGCUGGCUCCAAAUCUGAUAACCUUUUCUGGCUUUCUGCUGGUUGUGUUCAAUUUUCUACUUAUGGCAUACUUUGAUCCUGACUUUUAUGCUUCAGCACCAGGUCACAAGCACGUACCUGAUUGGGUUUGGAUUGUAGUAGGCAUCCUAAACUUCACAGCCUACACUCUAGAUGGCGUGGACGGAAAGCAAGCCCGCAGAACCAAUUCCAGCACCCCGUUAGGGGAGCUUUUUGACCAUGGCCUGGAUAGUUGGUCAUGUGUUUACUUUGUUGUAACUGUGUAUUCCAUUUUUGGACGAGGAUCAUCUGGUGUCAGUGUUUUUGUUCUUUAUCUCCUGCUAUGGGUAGUUUUAUUUUCUUUCAUCCUGUCCCACUGGGAAAAGUAUAACACAGGGAUUCUUUUCCUGCCAUGGGGAUAUGACAUUAGCCAGGUGACUAUUUCUUUUGUCUACAUAGUGACUGCGAUUGUGGGAGUUGAGGCCUGGUAUGAACCUUUCCUGUUUAAUUUCUUAUAUAGAGACCUAUUCACUGCAAUGAUUAUUGGUUGUGCGUUAUGCGUGACUCUUCCAAUGAGUUUAUUAAACUUUUUCAGAAGCUAUAAAAAUAACACCUUGAAACACAAUUCAGUGUAUGAAGCUAUGGUUCCCUUCUUUUCUCCAUGUUUGCUAUUCGUUUUGUCUACAGCAUGGAUCCUCCAGUCACCUUCAGAUAUUUUAGAGUUACAUCCUAGAGUAUUCUAUUUUAUGGUUGGGACAGCCUUUGCAAACAUCACAUGUCAGCUGAUUGUUUGUCAAAUGAGCAGUACCCGGUGCCCAACUUUCAAUUGGUUGCUGGUUCCUCUCUUCUUGGUUGUCCUGGUGGUAAAUUUAGGAGUAGCCUCUUACAUUGAGAGCAUUCUCCUGUAUACAUUGACAGCUGCUUUCACUCUGGCCCACAUCCAUUAUGGAGUACGAGUGGUAAAGCAACUGAGCAGCCAUUUUCAGAUUUACCCCUUCUCAUUGAGGAAACCAAACUCGGAUUGACUAGGAAUGGAAGAAAAGAAUAUUGGCCUGUAAUCUACAGAAAGAAGUACUGUAAAUAAGAUGCCUGUAAAUAUUUCAUCCAUCACCAUUGAACUAAACUGAUCUGCUUAAUAGACAUGGGAACUCAGUGUGUGUGGUACUUGGACAGCAGGAAUGGUAUAUAUGAUCUGAACUUGUGGAACUUUAGACCUACUAACUCCCAGCUUACUUUUUUUUUUAUAAAACCAUGUGAUGUUUUGGUUAAACAUAAUGUACAUUAGGUCAGCAAAAUGUUCCUAGUGAUUUUACCUUCAGGAGUCCAUAUUUGGUUGUAUUUGGUUCAUACAGAGUUAAAGAUGCUUGGCUUUUAUUUUUAAAACCCCCAAAUUGGGUUGGGAGCACUAAUAACAUUCAGAAAACCCCAAUAUGUUUUCAUAUUUGGCACUUAGUAGUAGGUCUUUAGCUAUGGAAACUAUCAAUAGCCCAAAUCUAACAUAAGGGAAAAGAUAAGAGCAAGCUACCUUCAGCAAGAGAUGCUAAAUGAUUAUGGAACAAUACACAGUUGCCAAAUACUGGUUUCUCUUUCCCAUGGAAAUGCCUUUUGUCCUCAUGUGCUAAGAGAGCUGAUAUAUAUAUUUGGAUUCUCUAGGAUUCUGGCUCAAUUUGUUACGGAACAGAUCUUGAUUAAUGGUUUAAUCUUCUUUUAAAGAAAAAUAUCCUAUUGAGGCUUAGUAGAGAAUGGAUUGGAAUUGUAGCUCGCUCGUUGGCAUGGUUCAUUGUUUAAAUGUGGCAUUUUCCCCCUCAGCUGCAAGUUGCUGAGAUUUGGUGCCUGUGAACUAUGAUCAAAUGAAUGCAUGUGACAGUCCCAGUCUUAAAAUAAUGACUUGUGAGGAACACAGAUAAACUUCCUUAUAAGAAAAAUUUUCGUAAGAGUUAGGAAUCUCAGGAACCUCACUCUGAAAUUACUACAGUGAACCUCACUGCGAAAUUAGUUUUCUGAUAUAAUAUAAUUUUCUGAUAUAAUUCCCUUCUCCGUCCCUCUGUUUCUUUCUGUGGGGGAGACUGCUGUGUUUUUUAUUUCAUAAAGGAUAAAGAAGUAGAGAGAAAUUCUCUCUUCUCCAACUCGCUCAUUUCCCCCACUGAAGAAAAUUUUUAAUAUUUAUGCCUUACUGAGUAUAUACUCCCUUUAAUAUGACUUGGAGUAAUUUUUGAGGUUUAUUGACAAACAUAAAAAUCCCUUUGAUUUUGACAUGGUUGUUUUAUGAUUACACCUUUCUGUGAAUGUGGAUAUUUUCUUCUAUUUCUUUUUUGGUUUUUGUCUCUGUUUAGUUUGGUGGUGGUGAAAUUUACUGGCUGAUUUUCUUUUAUUUUCCACGGAAUGAAGUUUGUGCUUGAAUGAAAAGUGUAUCUUAAACCCUUUUUUUUGGACAGAUUGCACUUGGAUAAAAUAGGCACCACUGUGUUGAUAUGUAAUUAAAUCCAUAAUCAUUAUUUAUCUAUGAAUGUGACCAUCGUUAAAUUUAAUUAUAGUGUAUUCCUUUGUUGAAUUUUAGUCUGCUGCUUUGUAAAAAUAACUAUGUAAUGGAUAUUUCAGUUUUUAAAUUUGUAAAGCAUAAUCACUGUCAUUCAAGUUAUUAGAAAUGAGGUGUCAAAGAGCUAACACAUGGUUCUGUACUCAUUUUUAAAAACUGUAAAGGUUGAAGUUUAUUCAGUGACUUUCUCUGAGACAAAAAUGAACACUGAAAAUAGGUGAGAAAUUGAUGCAGGAAAAUAUGGGUAGUGAUUCCAUGUUUGUUAAUAUAAUUGCCAUCAUGAAGGUCAGCAAAUGAACUAAUUAAGUAAAGGUGACUCUUUUUUGUAUACCUUGUUCUGUGUCAUUUGUAGAACUGAACUGGAUAAAGUGUUAAUUUGGGCUGGGAACAAAGCUUUGUUUUAAGGUUCUAAGCUAAUCAUUUUACUGUUGACCUUGUACCCAAGGAGAUUCGUCUGUAUUAUAUAAGAAAAGAAUUGAUAAAUAUUUAUAAAAUGACAAAUUUGGACCAUAGGUUUUCUUCACCUUGUACAGUAUAGUUUAAAAAAAAA